AUGAAGAAUCGGCAAUCCAACGUGCCAACACGAACAGGAAAGGGAUUUUAUGGGGCCACUAAAGCGCUGAUCAGUAAAAAUAAUAAUCAAAAAGACAAUAACUGGAACAUCACACGAAACAAGUGCGAAUUGGAGAAGGAAACUGACAUCUCAAAUGAUUUGGUAAAUUUUGACAAAGUACCUUCGUUUUUUCGCCAACCGUUCAUAGUAUCGAGUUAUCGUAAGUGUGAUUCGUCUGCGUGGUAUUGUUUCAAAAGCUUGUUUCAAGCCACCAACGAGACGAUCAACAUUUGGAGUCAUGUUUUGGCGUUUGCUGUUUUCAUGCUUCGUUUUGCUUCUGUCUUCGCCAAACACAAGCUGCAGGAAGAUCCGUUCGUGUAUCCACUGCUGUGCUUUGCAUUCGGGAUUUGUGUAAUGCUUGCUACGAGUGUCAGCGCGCACUUGUUCAACUGCAUGUCCACUAAGGCUUGCCACGUAUGCUUCUUUUUCGAUUAUGCUGCCAUUAGCGUGUACACCUUCACGGCUGGUCAAGUGUUUUAUUUCUAUUCCAGGCCGGUGAACACAACUUGGUUGAUAUUCAACACUCCCGCUCUGUUCCUAGCGAUCUCCGCCGCCAUUUCUUUUGCAUCGACGUUAGCGUGUUGCUACUCGUUUUGCAGCACAAGUCGUUUCGAUGCAGCUUUAAAAGCGAGUACUUACAUUAGCUCGUGGCUAUUCAACACUUCACCUUAUUGGACAAUGUUAUCAUUAUGUAACACAACAUCAACUUGUAGCAGCCCUCAAUCCGUGCAGUAUUUCACUCGUCACUGUCUAUUCUACGCGGGUGGGACGCUUGCGUAUGUUUUCCGCGUCCCAGAACGUCUAAUGAUCGGAGUUUUCGACGUGGUAGGGCACAGCCAUCACUUCCUUCAUAUUCUGUGCGCGAUCGGUGCAGCAGAUGAGUUUUCAGCUGUUGAACUAGAUAUGCAGCAGAGAAGGGCUAUCAUCGAGCCACUCCCAGGACCCACAUUCUCAAACAGUAUUUUGUUAACGAUUUUAGUCGUUCUCGGAAACACCUCAGUAGUACUGUUGUGUACAAGGUAUUUAAAUCUACGAAAGCACUAA